AUGUCACAGAAAAUCGAUUUAAAUGCAUUACCACCUCAACAAUUAGUAGAAUUUAGGAAAAAUAUAGAUCAAGAGAUCAAUCAUUUCACUCAAUCGUUACAAGCAUUACAAACAGCUCAAACUAAAUUAAAAGAUUGUAUCACCACCAUAAACAACUUGGAAAAUUCAAAACAAGAUAAUUUGUUAAUACCUUUAACUAGUUCAUUAUAUAUUCCUGGUAAAGUCGUAACAAAACAAGAUUUCCUAGUUGAUAUUGGAACUGGAUAUUAUGUUUCAAAACAAGCAGACGACGCCAAAAAGGUAUACGACAAGAAAAUUAUAAAAUUAGAUGAAGAUGGUAAAAAACUCAAGGAUAUAUUGAUACAGAAAAAUGAGAUUUUAAAUGGUAUAAAUUUAAUAUUACGAAAGAAAGUUAUAGAAAUGGAAAAGCAAGAAACUCAAUAG